UAUACAAUCGGCCUACAUCUAUCUAUCACUUCAUCUAUUAUUAGGUAGCAAUGGUUAAAAUCGAGCCAUUCGCCGUCGAGCAAUGGAUGGACGACCACGAAACCACAGCAACCUACAAUAUAGCCGAAACAUGCUGUGCCUCCAUAUCUCUCGACGAUCUGCAAAACCUCUCUACUCAACAACCAGACCCUAACAAUCAAAACUCCAUCUUCUCCUUCUCCCGGUCCACGAAACUGGCAUACGGCGCAAUCCGUGGCUCUGAACAAUUACGCGGCCAUCUCUCGAGACUGUAUUCAAUCAAGACAUCUACACCAUUACCGGCGGAUAAUGUUCUGAUUACUUCCGGCGCAAUCCAAGGAAAUUUCUUGCUACAUCAUGCGCUCGUGGGGCCGGGGGAUCAUGUCAUCGUGCAUUAUCCGACGUAUCAGCAAUUAUAUUCCGUGGUAGAGGCGAUUGGGGCGGAGGUUAGUUUGUGGAAGGCCAAAGAAGAUGAUGAGAAUGGAUGGGUAUUGGACACGGAGGAAUUGAAGGGGUUGAUUCGGCCUAACACAAAGUUGAUUGUAUUGAAUAACCCCCAGAAUCCAACCGGCGCAAUAAUACCAAAAUCCAAACUGGAGGAAAUUGUGAAUAUCGCACGAUCCCAAUCAAUCAUCAUCCACGCCGAUGAAGUCUAUAGACCGAUUUUCCACGGCAUAUCCCCCGUUGACGCCGAAUUCCCACCGUCGUUACUCUCACUCGGCUACAAAAACGCCGUCGUGACAGGAUCAAUGUCCAAGGCAUACAGUCUGGCCGGUAUCCGGGUUGGAUGGAUCGCAUCACGGAAUAAAGAGAUUAUCGAUCGAUGCAUGGUAUUUAGGGAUUACACGACUAUAUCGGUCAGCCAGAUUGAUGAUGCCGUUGCAUCAUUCGCGCUGGCACCGCAUACGAUCCACAGUUUAUUGCAUCGGAAUAUCCAACUAGCCAAGACGAAUCUUGCGAUACUCGAGAAAUUCAUUGAAUCGCAUAGAUGGGCAUGUGAUUGGAAGAAACCGCUCGCGGGCACAACGGCGUUUGUCAGGUUCUCCAAGAUGGGACGACCUGUAGACGACGUCGCGUUUUGUACACUCCUCCACGAAAAGACGGGUGUGUUGGUUGUGCCUGGGAGUCGGUGUUUUGGUCGCGAUGGCGAUUUCAAGGGAUACGUUCGCAUUGGGUAUGUGUCGGAAACGGAGGUACUGGAAAAGGGAUUGGAGAAGCUGCGUGAGUUUAUGAAGGGGGAAUAUGUUGAUGAUGUUCCUCUGGCUCGAUAGUCAAGAUUUGUAGAUAUCUCGGGAGUGAACUGUAGACGAAAGAGGAGAACUGAUGUAAUGUAUGUAAUUUUGGUAACUUUGGUAAUAUAUAUACACUUAGCGGUAACGCAUCUGCUGUUCGGUCGGCCGAGGCAAGUCUGAGUCUCCGCAGUUCAUGUACAUUCCAA